CAUUAAAAACCAAAGCAUUUGCGCGACGUCAAAAGUGGUUGUGGCUUCCAUGGCAACCCGUUUCUUAGGAAAGCGGUAAACAGAAAUUUUUCACUCUGGCUUCCAGAAUUCUUGAAAGACGGGCGAUUUUAUUUUGUGGGGAAGAAUUUAACCAAAUUUUUCAAGCUGCUGAAAAUGGCUGAUUCCGAGUAGCUUGAAGUAACGGAACCGCUGUGGUGCAGCGUUGGCGCGUGUGGAACAAUGAGCGGCGAUAAGGUUCUCUAUCGGAACGAGGAACCGCACGGACAGGGGGAUGCGUACUUUCUGUGGCAAACGGGCGGUUCGGCCCAGCUUAUGGCCACGACCGGAAGCGAUGGAACGGUGGCGAUCUCCAACCGGCAGGGACAGCUCAUCGAGCGGAUUGUGCUUCAAGGUCUCUGCGCAGGAUUUGCUUGGGAUCGAGACGGAGAUCUACUUGCUAUCAUCACCCAAAACUCACCCCAGUUGAUUCUAUGGGAUGCCAACUCCCAGAAGAAGCAAACUGUGGAUAUUGGUUUGAGGGAUCCACCCAGCUGUAUCGUUUGGUCCAAACGAGGUAUGCUACUGGCAGUGGCCACAGCUAGAGGGAACCUGUCGAUCUACAACCACCUGACCACCAAACGUAUCCCAAUUCUGGGCAAACAUACCAAACGUAUAACAUGUGGAGCCUGGUCAACGGAAAACGUACUAGCGUUGGGAAGCGAAGACAAGUUCCUCUCACUGAGCAACGAAGAAGGCGACACGCUGAGGUCGGUCCAGCUGCGGGACAAUCCUAGCGAUAUGCACUUUGCCGAAAUGAAAACCGACGAACGAGUUCCCGGCGAGAACACCAUCUCGAUGAUUCUGGGCAAACGGACGCUGUUCCUGUACCACCUGCCCGAGCCGGACUCACCGACGGAGUUGGGCUUUCAACAGCGGUACGGAUCGCUGCUGCAGCACAAGUGGUUCGGCGAUGGGUACGUACUGCUUGGGUUCAGCCAGGGUCACGUAGUUGCUAUUUCGACCCAUCCGAAGGAAGUCGGCCAGGAGCUGUGGCAGGUGAAGAAUCAUCGGGACUCGCUGAACAGUAUCGCGGUGUGUAAGGAGCUGGAGCUGAUUGCGUCCUGUGGGGAUAACAACGUCAAAAUCCACUCCAUGUCGAAUCUCCAAGAAACGGUCAAGAUCCUCACAUUACACGAUCAAGCCGCCAUGAAGAACAUCGAGUGGAGCUCCGAUGGCCAACUACUGGGCGUCACCACUUCGCAAGGCGCUGUCUGCGUGUUCGUUACCAAACUCCACUCCCUGUACGCCGUUUCGCCGCCACGGAUCGCUCUGCUUUCGAGCCUUGCCGAAGUGGCCAUCCAUCACUACGCGCCGGAUAAGGUCAAGUCAGCGCCGACGAUGAUCACGCUGGAGAUCGAACCUUCCUUUCUGGCGAUCGGACCGUACCAUCUGGCUUGCGGCAUGAACAACCACGUGUGGUUCUACGAUCUGGGACGAUCGCUGAACGAUAGUCCGCUGCUGCUGGGUGAUCGCGAGUACAUGUCCGAGAUAAAGGAGGUUUCGCUAAGUUCAGAGUACUGUGCGGUGCUGUGUGGCGGUCAGAUCAUGCUGCAUCCGAUUGAGUCCUCGAACGAGACUACCCUGAAUCGAGAGCCGAAAAUUUUCCCAGAUGAGAUACGUGGCAUGGCGGAGUCGGUGAUCACGUGUUUGGCGCUGACCAACGACUUUCUCUGCUUCGCUACGGAUCUCGGCAACAUUGUGCACUUUUCGCUGGAGCGUUGGUCAACGGUGGUCCAGUUUCGGCACCAGGUCGGUAUCAAAGCCCUUCACACCGACCUGGAUGGCACGCGGCUGGUGUUUAUCGACGAUCACAACCACGGGUACGUGUACAUCUCGGCAACGGAGGAAACCAUACGGAUUCCGGAGUUUCCCAAGCACACGAUCGGCGUGCUGUGGGAUUACUCGCACCCGACGGUGUUCAUCGCGUUCGAUCGGACCAGCUGUGUGACGUACACGUUCGUGCGGGCUUCGGUCGAGGGUAAGAAGGUCGACAAGGUCGGCACUACCGUGCUGAUCAGCGAUCAGAUCCCGUUGAUGCUGUACGACGGGGAUCUUUGUCUGCACGGAAGUGGAGGUCGGUUGACCACGGUCGUGCUGGACACGCACGCGAACAAACCCGGCCGCGAUGCGAAAGAACAGCUGGCGGCGGUCGUGCGGAUGCGGAAGCACAACGAGGCCUGGGAGCUGUGCAACCUGAUCAACGACGAGGAAGAGUGGAAACAGCUGGGACGGUCGGCGAUAGCGGAUCUGAACAUUGGGUUUGCUAUCAAAGUGUUUCGCAACAUUGGGGACGUUGCGAUGGUUUACGCGCUGGAGGAUUUAGUACAAAUAGAGGAUCUCAACACGCUGGCAGGGUUCUGUGCCCUGCUGCUGAACAAAAUCGACGAAGCAAAGACGCUGUUCGCCAAAAGUGGAAGUCCGUUGGAAGCGCUGGAGCUGUGCCGAGAUUUGCUACAGUGGGAACAGGCGAUGGCGCUGGCAGGUUCACUAGCACCUGAUCAGCUUCCCUUCUUGGCGAGGGAGUACGCUCAGCAGUUGGAGUUUACCGGGAAUCACGCGGAAGCUCUGAUGAACUUCGAGCGUGGUCUCAAGAGUGACAUUCUGCCGAAAUCGGCAGACGGAGUGAUUCAGCAGGAACUGCUAAACCAACACGUCGUGCUGUGCAAGGCGGGAAUCGCUCGGACAAGCGUCAAGUGCGGAGACUAUCGGCGAGGAGUUCAGCUUGCGCUGGAGCUGGAUGACAAGCAGCUGUUCAAUGAUUGUGGUGAAGCGCUGAUGGCUUCCGGUCAUAUCAACGAAGCUGCGAUACUGCUGGAGAGGGGUGAAAACUGGGACAAGUGCUGCGAGCUGUUCAUCCAGCUGAAGCAGUGGAAGAAGGUAGAUAACAUCUUGCCGAACGUGACUAGUCUGAAGCUGCACGCGGCCUAUGCCAAAGCAAAAGAGGCGGAAGGGCACUUUGCGGAUGCCAUCAACAGUUACCAUCUGGCCGGUGAUUUGGACAGUGUCGUGCGGAUAUACCUGGAGUACCUGUCCGAUCCGCACAGUGCUUCGGAGAUUCUGCUGGAGACACGAUCCGUUGAAGGAUCCAAAAUGCUGUCCAGAUACUUUGAGCAGCACGGUGACUUCGAGUCAGCAAUACAAUAUCUGGUGUUGUGCGGGUCUAUCAGUGAUGCAUUCGCAAUUGCACAAAAGCAGAACAAAAUCCGGUAUUACGGUGAAGUCCUGGAGCAGAGCUCCAGUGCGAAGCCGAGUGAUUAUCUGGUGCUGGCAACACACUUUGAAAGCGAAAAGUACACGCUUCUUGCAGGGAAAUACUACUUCCUGGGGAAAGAAUACUCGAAAGCGUUGAAGCAUCUUAUGAAAGCAUCCUCCUUCAGCAACGAGGAAAACAUGGCUCUAUCGCUGGCGAUCGACUGCGUUGCUUCGGCAAACGAUGAAAAGUUGUCGAAUCAGUUGAUCGAAUACCUGCUCGGUGAAACCGACGGCGUUCCCAAAGAUCCCAAGCUGUUGUUCCGGCUGUACAUGGCAAAGCGACAGUUCAAGGAAGCCGCCAAAGCGGCGAUGAUCAUCGCCAACCAGGAACAGAUCGCUGGAAACUACCGUAGCGCGCACGAUCUGCUGUUCUCGAUGUACCAGGAGCUGAAGCGUAACAACCUGACGAUAGCGUCGGACAUGAGGGCGUCGCUGACGCUGCUGCACCGGUACACGCUGGUACGAACGCACGUGAAGCGUGGAAAUCAUCUAGUUGCGGCGAAGCUGCUCCUGGAGGUCGCCAAGAAUAUCUCCCAGUUUCCGUCACACGUCGUCCCGAUCCUCACCUCAACGGUGAUCGAGUGCCACCGGACGGGGCUGCGCAAGUCGGCGUUCGAGUACGCGGUGAUGCUGAUGCGGUCCGAGUUCCGGAACCAGAUCGACGCCAAGUACGCCAAGAAGAUCGAGUCGAUCGUGCGAAAGGCGCCGCGCGGCGGCCUCGAGGACGAGGGCGCGUACGAGACCAGUCCGUGCCCGGUGUGCGAGGCGAACCUGCCCUGUAUGGACUUUAUCUGCGGCCAGUGCAAGACGACGCUGCCGAUCUGUAUCGCUACGGGUCAACACAUCGUGCGAGAGGACGUGGCAGCCUGUCCGGAGUGCGAUUUCCCAGCUUUAAAGGUCGAAUUUAUGAAGAUUCUGGAGACGACCGAAAACCAGUGUACCAUGUGCGGCGAGGAGAUUGAAGCGAUGCGGCUGGUGGAGAUUGACAACAUUCUACCUUACAUCGGUACGGGGACGUAAGCGUUUUGGGGAGCGGUCGGCAGAACGUGAGGGCAUUCGCUAGCGUACCUUAACUCAAAACCAUUCACAAAGUGCUUUAACGUGAGUAUCUCAUUUUUUUAAUAAGUGGAUUUAUUACAGUGUACAGUCGUAAC